CAGCUUGAUCAAUCGAUCGACGAAUCAAUUACAAUUGACCAAUGCGAUAGAUCAAUUCUGAUAGAAUACAAACGUUCGAUGUAUUUAAUCGAAAUUUGAAAUUUUGAACUGAUUCCAACAUAUUCGGAGCAAUUUCAAAUUGACUUUUCUACAUAUGCUGGAAGAGGAAUACAACGUCGUUGUUCUCAAAAUAUUUCAAAUUGUUUCUUUCUUUUUUUUUUAUGGUUUGCUGGAAAACCAUAAAAGAAAGGAAAGUAAUUCGAAAUAUAUGCAUCUUUUGAUCUUUCAGCGCUAUAAAGCAAUACGUUCAUUUUGUAAUUCGAACAUCUCAACAAAGAGGACGCCGACAAACCUCCGAGGGAAUUUUAAACAUAAGUAGGUUUGUCUAGUUUGCUUUCAUGUUAUCAACACUGACGUUUCGAUGCGGGAGUCUUCGCUCAGCGUCACUGCCGUCAGUGGACUCAGUGACUGUCACGGAGCACGGAGUGUCUUCGAUCGCAUCAUUCGCGCCUACUGCAACUGCCACGUAUAUACGGUCGAAAAUCCGUAGCCGCGAUCAUGUCAUCGAGCAACGAGAACACCGUGUCUCCGCCAAAUAAGAAAUUGAUGACGACCUGUACAAAUGUAUCGAAACAAGCGCAUCACGUAUCCAGAGCGAAACGGGGCCAAGCGAUCGGCACUAUUCGAGGCUUUAGAGGUUGCACCGUAUGGCUAACUGGACUCUCAGGUGCCGGCAAGACCUCCAUCUCAUUCCAGGUCGAGGCUAUCUUGGUGAAUCACGGUAUUCCCGCAUACGGUCUAGACGGCGACAACGUUCGGAGCGGUCUAAACCGUAAUCUGACUUUUAGCAAGCAGGACAGAAAAGAGAACAUCAGAAGAGUAGCCGAGGUGGCAAAACUCUUUGCCGAUAGCGGGCAGAUUUGUCUCUGUAGCUUCGUAUCUCCUUUUGAGGAAGACAGACAGAUGGCAAGACAGAUUCACAAAGAGGCCGAUUUGCCUUUCUUCGAGGUGUUCGUAGAUACGCCGCUGAAGAUUUGUGAAGCUCGCGACACCAAGGGUUUGUACAAAAAAGCUCGGCAGGGUGCUAUCAAAGGCUUCACCGGCAUCGAUCAGAUGUACGAAAGGCCGACGAACCCCGAUCUGAUUGUCAAAACCGAAAAUUGCACCCUUGAGGAGUCGGCUUCGGCUGUGCUCGAAUUUUUAGAAGAACAUCGCAUCAUUCCGCAGCUUGAAAAAUCGUCAAAUCUGGUUCGAGAACUCUUUGUACCAGAUUCCAGACUGGCUUCCGCGAAAGCGGAAGCGGAAACUCUGCAAACUGUGGAGAUCAGUGAGCUUGAUGUUCAAUGGGUGCAGGUUUUGGCAGAGGGUUGGGCGGCACCGCUAACAGGGUUUAUGAGGGAGCAUCAGUAUCUCCAGGUAUACAUCAGCGUAAUUAUACUCUACGAUACAUUCCGUUAUGAUUUGAUUUCGUUUAAGGCUCAGCAUCUGCGAUGUCUGAUCGAAGAUGGUAAAGAGAUAAACCAAUCGGUGCCAAUCGUUCUUGCGAUAAGCACAGUUGAUAAAAAUCGCCUGGAAGGUUCCUUCGCCGUGACCUUGAAACACAAAAGCAAAGCUCUGGCUAUUCUGCGAAGACCGGAAUUUUAUUUUCACCGAAAAGAGGAGCGUUGUAGUUGGCAGUUUGGCACUAACAAUUUGGGACAUCCUUACGUCAGAAUGAUUCAUAAUUCUGGAGAUUGGCUAAUGGGUGGCGAUCUUGAAGUACUUGAGAGAAUCAGGUGGCACGACGGGCUCGACAAGUACAGACUCACUCCGAACGAGAUCCGCGCGAAAUGCCGAAAGAUGAAAGCCGACGCUGUGUUCGCCUUUCAGCUAAGAAAUCCUAUUCACAACGGACAUGCGUUGCUUAUGCAGGACACGAAAAAGCGAUUGCUUGAGGAACGUGGUUUCAAGAAUCCAGUGCUGUUACUGCAUCCUCUGGGUGGUUGGACGAAGGAUGACGAUAUACCACUACAUACUAGAAUCCUUCAACAUAAGGCUGUUCUAGAAGAAAAUGUUUUAGAUAGCAAUUCUACACUGCUGGCCAUCUUUCCCAGUCCGAUGAUGUACGCCGGACCAGUCGAGGUACAAUGGCAUGCGAAAGCUAGAAUGAACGCUGGUGCCAAUUUCUAUAUAGUAGGCAGAGAUCCUGCGGGUAUUCCGCAUCCUAACAAAGACGCCACGCCUGACGGCAAUCUAUACGAUCCUAAUCAUGGAGCCAGAGUACUUUCUAUGGCUCGAGGUCUUCAUAAUCUCGAAAUAAUUCCCUUUAAAGUUGCCGCUUAUGACACGCGGAAUGGCAAAAUGGCAUUCUUCGAGCCCGAGCGGAAACAAGACUUCGAAUUCAUCUCGGGAACAAAAAUGCGAGGAUUAGCGAAGAGGGGUGAAAAUCUUCCCGAUGGCUUUAUGGCACCUAAAGCUUGGCAAGUGCUUGUGCAAUAUUACCAAAAUUCAGAAAACAAAUAAGCUUCUUCUCUUCUAUCUUUUUCCUCUAUUUCUCUACUCCUUUUUAUGUGGGUUUUAUGUGGGUAAAAUUUCGUAUCUACAAGAAAAAACCAAAAUCUUUGGUUUGUUUUCAUGUAUAAAAGAUGGUACGAGAGGAACUAUUAAUCUUUAUGUUAAACGACGAUCCACGUACGAAUAUCGUGGUCGAAUUAAAGAAAGAAAUGAAAGAGAUACAGAUUAGUCUAUUAACACAAAUCUAUUGAAAUUUUAAAAUAAAAAAUUUUAAUACAUUCCUUGAGAAUCCCAGAAUUUUCCAAACAAGAGUGGAUAUUUUAAAGAAAAAAGCUAAGAGCAAUAAUGAAGAUUGUUCUUUUUUAUCUCUGACUAAAACACUAUCGUUAUUGAUAUAAAUCUUAUUUUAAAACUAUGCCUGUAAUGUGAGUUCCAUACAGCACAGAUUCUUUUGAGUUACAGAAUUACUUCUUAUAUUACGGAAAUAUUACAAUAUAUUGUAAAGUACAAUGCAGGAACAUUGUAGAAACUUUGAAUUGAAAAGUCCGGUAAGACUGAAGCAAAUGCGCUGCGACAGAGCGUUCUAAAAGUGUAAAUUGUAUAUAUUCAACAAUACAAUUAUCGAAAAAUGCAAUGUCUCGUAUUAAUAUGCUAGAUGCGAUAUUUGUUUUUAUGUAUUUUGUAGAAGACGACAUUUACAAGAAGAAGAAAGAAAACAAAAAGACAUAACUAUUUGUUUUUCCUAAAAUUAAGUAUCCGCAAGUUUAACUAUGUAAUUAGACACGCGUUUAUAUUAUAUAAUAAUAUAUAUAUAUAUAUAUAUUAUAUAAUUAUAUGUAUGUGAUAUAGUAUGAUAUGAAAUAUCAAUAAUAUUGUGUGCUAUUUUUAUAUAUAACAACAUUAGCAUUAUUGAAAUUCUGUUAUAUAUUACAUCAAAUUUUACAGACUGACAUUUUCACGUUAUUGUAAACUAUGUGCAAUAUUAUAAUAUUGUACACACGCUGUACAUCUCGUAAUAUUCCAACUGUAUUUUUCUACAAUGUUUGUGCAAACUCUGUGCCGUACGGAAUGUAUUUUACGGAUUGUAUUUUUUAUAUAUAUAAUAUGCAUAUAUGCGUGCAUAUACACGUGUAUAAAAUAUGAGUUUAUUUUGUACAAAUGUAAAGCACAUAAACAGAGUCUGAUAUUUUCUUUAUAUGAAUUAUAAUAAAUGUGUACAUAAAGCAUACAUAAAGCAUAUAAUAUGUAU